AGAGAUCGAAAGAAAGCCCCACAUCCACCAUGAUGAUGCUUUUCUUGUUCUUUAUGUCUCUUGCGUCUCACGCCUCAUCAAAAGAGCAACACAUCAAAAGCAUUUUCAUUCUUGCCGGACAGAGCAACAUGGCCGGCCGCGGAGGCGUUGUCAACGACACCACAACCGGAAUCACUACCUGGGACGGCGUCAUUCCUCACGAGUGCCGCCCCAACCCUUCCAUCUUCCGAUUCAGCGCCAACCUCUCGUGGGUGGAAGCCCGCGAGCCUCUCCACGCCGACAUCGACCUGGAGAAGACAAAUGGGAUCGGCCCCGGGAUGCCAUUCGCCAAUGCGCUCCUUACCAAUAGCGCCGUUGGUGCGAUUGGCUUAGUCCCGUGCGCGAUCGGCGGGACUAACCUAAGCCAAUGGGAACGAGGGUCGUUCCUGUACGAACAGAUGAUUAGGAGAGCUAAGGCAGCUUCGUUAGAUGUGAGUAGAAAUGGCGGCUCAAUCACGGGAGUGCUAUGGUAUCAAGGUGAGAGCGAUACGACUAGUAUAGAAGACGCCCAAUCUUACAAAGACAGAUUGGAAACCUUUUUUGGAGACUUGAGGUUGGCUCUGAAAUAUCCCAUGCUUCCAAUAAUCCAGGUGGCGAUUGCAUCAGGAGCAGGACCAUACAUGGAGAGAAUUAGAGAAGCUCAGCUGGGAGUUGAGCUACUAAACGUGCGAACCGUUGAUGCCAAGGGUCUCACAUUAGAACCUGAUAGGUUGCACCUCACUACCCCUAGUCAGGUUCGACUAGGGGAAAUGUUGGCUGACACAUAUUUUCAGUUCAUUUCCAGCUCUAUAAGCAAUCAUGCACCAAGAAAAAGACGUCCUUGUUUGAUCAUCCAUUUUGUGAUUGGCUUCUUUUGGAAACUUUUGACUUCAUAACUCGUCAUUUCUAAUCCAUCAAAUUAAUUCAAACUUCAAUGAGUCAGCUUUGUGUUCUGGGUUGAUGCUAAGCCAGCCAGCUACAGUCCUAUGGUUUUGGGGAUUCAUAAUAUCGCAUUUAUAUGGGGGUGAAGAAUGUGACAAUAAUUAAGCAUAAGCCUGAUAGUUGUUAAUGAGCUUUUCUUUCUAUGUAUAUACAAACCAAGAUUAGUGAUCCACAAACAUCAUCUCAGUACUUUUGGAACUUAAAGUACCUACCGGUUGUUGCAGAAAGACUGGAGAGAGUUUCAGU